AUGGCGGCGGCAGUGAGGGUGGCGCUGCUGCCCUCCUCAUCCUCCUCCCCAUUGCCGCUGCUCUGCCUCUCGCGCCGCUUCCUCUCGCUCACGGCGACUCCCUACCCUCUCUACUACGACCUCAUCGUGCACCGCCCCGCGCCACAGCCAGCCCCCGACGAGCAGCCGCUCGACCGCGCCAAGCGCCGGUACCUCCGCAAGCGCCGCAACCGCCUCCUCCCCCACCCUGACGCUACCACCACCACCAAGCCCUCCUCCUCCUCGUCGGAGUAUGUCGAGCUCUGGCCGGAGGUGGUGGACUUCCCGCGCCUGCACGGGCAUGAGGAGGCGCUCUACUUCCAUGACACCUUCACCAUGCCGUGGGAGAAGAACAAGCACUACCGCAUGCUCUACCCCCUGGAGAAGAAGUACUUCCCCCAUCAGUCCCUCGACAACGCAUUCGUCUUCACCGACGCCGCCCCGGCCUCUGACGCCGACAGGAGCCUCGUCUUCUUCGACGACGAGAAGAAGGAAGAUGAGGGAGGGGAGCGGGUGGUCAGUAAGAAGGGCGGCGACAUCGACGACAAAGGGGAUGUGCUGGAAAGGAAGGUGGAAGACUUCUUCAGGUCUCUGAAUAAGGGCCCCGGCCAAGCCAACACCAAGGCCAAGAGAUCGGGAGAGGAGGCACGGCAGGUGAAGCGCGAGGUGCUAAGGGAGGAGGAGCGUCCGCAGCCAUACCUUGUCACUAGGACCACGGAGCUGCCACCCAGGUGGGAUGGCCCCGCCGGGACCGUCGUUCUCAUUGACAAGCCCAAAGGUGAUGCCUUUCCCCUCCCCUUUGGUGCAUUGCAGGUUCUGGGAUUCUCACCCAAAGGUGAUGCCUUUCCCCUCCACUUUGGUGUAUUGCAGGUUCUGGGAUUAUCACCAAAAUGUAUCAUCUAA